CGACAAAACAGGGGGGCUGCGUUUGACUUUCGCUAACGAAACACUGACCCGCCCAGUUGCCUGUAGCUUACGCAUUGAUUCCUUAGGGUGGUUGGUGGGAGGAAGAGGAAGAGAUAGGCAUGGAGAAUGGUCGUGUGAGCGUUUUCAUUCUCUAUUCUGCUAUCUUGACAGAUUGCCCCGUGUUUUAUUUUAGCUGGAAAGUGGCAGGCCCGGCAGCAAAUGCUGCACCAGCCGCAGCAGGCUCUGCAGCAAAUGCUGCACCAGCUGCCGCCCUAGCUGCAGCAGGGCCUGCUGCGGCAUCUGCAGCAUGUGCUGCUGGACCAGAUGCUGCAACUGCAGGAGGUGUUCCUGAAGCAGCAGCUGCGGCAUCUGCAACAUGCGCUGCUGUAGCAGCUGCAGCAGGUGAUGCUGCAAGUGCUGCUGCAGUGGCAGCUCCAGGAGUUGCUGCUGCAGCAGCACCAGCUGCAUCAUGUGCAGCAGGUGCUGCUACAGCAGCAGCUCGAGCAGGUGCUGCUGCUACUGCUGCAGGAGGAAAAAAAAGGAAACAGAAAGGGAAAAAAAAAAACGAAGAAGAAGAAUGGGGGAGGAGGUGGAGGGAAGAGGUGGAUGGAGGAGGUGGCGGGAGGCGGGCGAGACGAGGGCGGGAGGAGGAGGACGUGGAGGAGGUGGCAGAAGGAGGCUCUUUGAGAAGGAGGGGAGGAAGUGACGGGAGGAGGGCGGGAGGAGACGGAGGAGGAAAACGACGAGGUGGAGGAGGAGGAGGUUGGCGACGAGGUGGAGGAGGAGGAGGUUGGCGACGAGGUGGAGGAGGAGGACGUUGGCGGAAGGAGGGCGAGAGGAGGCGGACGAAGCAGGAGCAGGAGGAGGAUGGGGAGGAGAAGGAAGAAGAAGUAGGAGAGGAGGAGGAGAAGGAGAAGGAAAAAGAAGAAGAGGAAGAUGAGGAGGAGGAGGAGGAGGAGGAGGAGGACGACGACGAGGUGAUCACGGAGGAGGAGGAGAACGAGCAGGACAAGGAGGCGGACGAUCAGGAGGAGGAGGAGGACGAACAGGAAGAAGAGGAGAGGGAGAAGGAAAAAGAAGAAGAGGAAGAGGAGGAGGAGGAGGAAGAGGAGGUGGAGGAGGGGAAGGAGAAGGACGAGGAGCUCAUGAUAGGGGNGGGGGGGAAGGUCGCGCAAGACAGAGGUGAGGGCGAUGUCGAAGGGGAGGGGAGGUGUGGCGAUGGGAGAGCGGAGGUCGCGCAGGGGAGGGCGACUCUAUGGCGAAGAGGAGGGACGGACGAGGAGGAAGGGAAGAAGGCAGAAGAAGAGGAGGAGGAGGAAGGAGGAGGAAGAAGAAGAGGAGGAGGAGGAGGAGGAGGAGGAAGAAGAAGAGGAGGAGGAGGAGGAAGAAGAAGAGGAGGAGGAGGAGGAAGAAGAAGAGGAGGAGGAGGAGGAGGAGGAGGAAGAAGAAGAGAGGAAGGUGAGGCGGAGGACAAUCAGAAUGACGAAGGGGAAGAGGAAAAGGAGGAGGAGGACGACGAGAAGGAUAAGGAGGAGGAGGAGAGGAGGAGGGGGAAGGAGGAGAAGGAGGAUGACGAAGACGAAGAGGAAGAAGAGGAGGAGGAGGAGGAGGAGCAGGAUAAGGAGGAAGACGAGCAGGAUAAGGAGGACGACGAGCAGGAAAAGGAAGAGGAGGAGGAGGAGGAGGAGGAGGAGGUGGAGGAGCAUAAGGAGGAGGAGGAGCAAGAUAAGGAGGAGGACGAGCAGGACAAAGAGGAGGAGAACGAAGAAAAAGAGGAGGAGGAGGAGGAAGAGGGAGAAGAAAAAGAGGAAGAUGCGGUGAAGGUGACGAAAACGUUCGCGUUUGCGAUGAAUGCGGUGAGCGGUCGGGGUGUGGAGGGCGCAGCUCGAGAAUCCUCGCAAGCUAUCGUUGCAGGGCAGGCACCCGUGACUUAUACAGUCGCGGGUCAGGGCAGCGGUAGCGGUCGGACCAGUGAGGCUGUGCUCCAACCUGGAUGCUGAACUUGUGUGGUCUCAAUCCAAAAAAUAAAAAGUCGCCGUAGCG